AUGAAGAUCACCAUCGCUUCGCGUAAUCCCAAGUCUUCCAAGUUCCCGGUAACCUUGGAACUUGCCGGUUCCCCGGACACCGUGACAGUACAUGAUGUUUGCGAAGCGCUUCACAAGAAGUUUCCCAAAUACUACCCCGCACGUCAGCGAUUGACAACCCAAGACAAACAACCCUUGGACGCCGACAAGACAUUGACCCAUCUCGGGAUUGCUGACGGCGCUACGGUCAUGUUCAAGGACUUGGGGCCCCAAAUCGGCUGGCGUACGGUGUUCUUGGUGGAAUACGGAGGACCAUUGUUAAUUCAUCCAUUGUUCUUCUAUUUAUCCAAACUAUUUUACGGUCGCAGCUUUGAACAUUCGACCAUGCAAACGGUGACGUUUUGGUUGGUCAUGGUCCACUUUUUGAAGCGCGAGUUGGAAACCUUGUUUGUGCACCGAUUUUCACAUGGUACCAUGCCAUUGACCAACCUGUUUAAGAACUCGGCUCAUUAUUGGUUCCUCUCCGGUAUCAACCUUGCCUAUUGGGUCUAUGGUCCAUGGUACGCCGAUGCAGUGAGAAGCGAUGUUUGGUUGUAUGGAUCCGUUGCCGUAUGGGCUUGGGCUGAAUUAUCCAACCUUUGCAAUCACAUCACUUUGCGCAACUUGCGUCCUCCGGGAACUCGCACUCGCGCUAUUCCUUACGGUUACGGCUUUGAUCUUGUCUCAUGCCCCAAUUACUUUUUCGAAUUUAUCUCAUGGACUUCCGUCUGCUUUUUGACCACCAGCUGGAGCGCUUUUCUCUUUAACAUUGUCGCCACCGGUCAAAUGUACAUCUGGGCCGUCAAGAAGCACAAGAUUUACCGAAAAGAAUUCAAGGGCUAUCCUCGUAACCGAAAAGCCAUGUUCCCCUUUAUUGCUUAA